UCUGUCGAUAUGUCCAGCUGGUCCGGAGGGAAGAUUUUAAAGUUUUUUGCGACGCACUUAUAACAAGACAAAAGAUAUUAAUGCCUGUUCUUCCUGAGAAAUGGGUUAUAGGUUUCCACGAAAGGCAUGGACGUAACAUAACACUCACCAAUGGCAAUCAGAGAGCUGUAAGAGAAGGUGAUACCUACGACCAUGGAAUGGUUUUUAGCGACAGGCCAUUGCACAUUGGGGAGGUUUUUCAGCUUAAAAUUGAAGAAUUGGAAUCAAAGUGGGCAGGAUCUUUGCGAUUUGGCAUCACUACAAACAACCCCAACUGCCAUCUGACAAGAGUAGUUAGAGCCGCAACAGAUUUGUUCACACCAGAAGGUCAGGAAUACUGGAUGCUGUCUGGCACUCGCAUACACAAUGGAGAAAUAGAAAAAGAAUAUUCUUUUAGCAUUCACUCACUUAAAGUUAAUGAUGUUCUUGGAGUUCAAGUGUUGAGUACUGGUGAUUUAAUUUAUUAUGUUAAUGGUGUACCCCAAGGCAUUGCAAUCUCUGGUAUACCUGUAAGAAAAGACAUAUUUGCUGUAUUUGAUGUUUACGGAAGGACAAAGCAAGUUUCAUUGAAAUAUUUUGGAGACAAUAAAGUUCUCCCCUUUGGUUAAACUCAUCAACAAACGAUGAGCUUGGGGAAUGGUGCCUGAAAGGAUGGUGGAGCCCAAAAGCAAACUAAACUGAGCACAUCGGGUAUCCAUGACAACCCUGUGAGCGACGACCACCAGGCACCAUGACACUGCAAAAACAGUGGAAACACGGGAUACUUACCACAUACUUACCCUCAAGCCAAAGGGAGAUGGGUGGGCUGGGAGAAAAGCUUAACAAGCACUGCCCAGCAGCAAAAAACACGCUGAAUGAUUUGACAUCCAAAGCCGAGCUGUUAAAUCCUGGUGCCCCUACACAAAUCUCCCGGCCACCCUGAACUCACUCUGAGGGAGACUGCUGGCCAGCAAUCUUGUUUCACAUUUAACUUAGCCUAAAGUACAUUUAGCUACAUGAAAUUAUUUCUGAAAUUCUUACACAAAAAUUGUGUAUUGUUUAGGGACACCAGUAUGACUGCUAUUGAACAUGUUCUAUGGACAGAUUAUUCAAUUUCUAUUAAAACAUAGCUGCUGUGUGCCCACUAUUGAAGCCGAGCAAUGCAAAGCUGGAAUUAUAGAGCACAUAUGUCCUGGAUGAUGUAUUGCCUGUGCAAUCACCGCCCUUUCUCAGAUGAAAAUAUUUUUUCUUUAUCAUGCUAUAGACCCUUUUCAUAAAUGGCUGCCAACUUAAAAUUCUUUUGUAUGCAUAUUAAGUAGCCUUACUAACUUCGUUUCAGAGUAAAAUUCUUUUGAAUUACCAACUUCAAAAUGAGGUUAGUAAGGCUAAUUUUAAUAGUUGCAAAAUAAUUCAUAAUUAUUGGCCGCCAUUUAUGAAAGUGGUCUAUAUUCAAAACCAAAUGGAAGAUGAUGUUCCUAUGUUUCCUAAGAAAAUAAUGCACUUUUGAGGUCUAGAAAAACUGCUGAAUGCACUUGCGAUCCGCUGAUACAUACACUGGCAGUUUUGUAGACCAACAGAAUACAAUAUUUUCUGACAGGAUAUCGUACACCUUCUAUUUGGUAGAAUAGAAGAGAUGUUGUAAAACGCAGAAGUAAGAGUAAGUACAUGGACAACACCCCCCCCCCCCCUUUGCUGCCCCUGUGAAUACUGAUUAU